AUGCAACUCUUCCUGCAAGAGAGCACAGGCGCGAGUGACGGGGAAGGCGCCGCCUCAGCAGAGAAAGGCGCGUCCACGUCCUUCUUCGUUGGAAAACUGUACGGCUACUGUAGCGAAGAGGAGAUGCUUGACAAGCAACAAGUUUGCACAACCAGCGAUUUCGAAAGGCUAGAGGCGACCGUCGUCGGAGACCCUGAGGCGCGAAUCAUCAAUCCGUACCUCGCCGUUGCCUCGUUCCGCCGGAGCGAUGCCGGGAAGCCGUUCCACCCAAUCAGCACGCGGCCUGCGGUGUGGUGCCGACGCACAGUGCACCACCUCCUCACGUACUCAGUCGACGCGGACCUCACGAAUCCCGCGGCUGUCGACGCUCAUGAGGCGAACCGUCUGCCGAGCAAACCGUACCUGUACUCGCGUCAGGGGCGCGGCUACGCCUUUCUGGAUGUCUACAACUUUCUGCGUGACCGCCUUCGCGCAUGUUGGCAACACUUGACCGUGCAGCACGUCCAAAAGCACCGCGCGUCGAUUGAGACGCUCGAGAUCUCGUUCCGCUUCCUCAUCUUCGCGGAGGAACAGCUGGCGAACAACCCCGGCUUCGACCGCGUCUCCAAUCAGGGCCUUAUGCAAACCUGCCUUGACAAGCUGAUGCACGGCUACGAGGCCGUUCGGUCCUUCCGGGCGAAGCGCGACUUCCACGUCUACGAGCAAAAGUGCCGCGAGGCUGCCGCGAGUCAGCCCGCCGCUGGCGCCUUCCCGCUGAUCGACAUCCUCGUCUACCAGAGCCGGUACGAGGGCGAGUUCUGGGGCUACCGCAUCUUGUCGCUCAUGAGUUCGAGCGGCAGCGAACGCGCCUUGGUCGGCAUCCUGCAGCGUCUCCCGCCGGACCUGCUCAGCCACGAGUGCGUGCGGUUUGCCCUCGCCGUCUUCGCGGCCUUCAGAUCGGCGAACGUUCGCCGGUACGUCCAGCUGAUGCGAACUGGGAAGUUCCUCUGCGGCGUACUCAUGAACAAAUUCGCCAACUUUGCGCGCGCACGCGCUCUCCGACACCUCGUCUCGAGCCGCCUCGUCCACGAUGAGAAACACCCCAUCACACUCGAGCGCAUGCGCAGGCUCCUUGGCUUCGACGGCGAACCUGAUGACUCCUUUUUUUCGUUUCUUUCGUUUUUUUCGCUGCGCGUGGAGAGGGGGAACCCACGCGGCGAGGUCUACUGCUACUUUGGAGAGCUGAAGAAAUCGCUGCUUCAGGAUUUGUCCAACUACCGAAAGGUCCGGGCUGCCACGUUCCCGUCUGCGUUCCUCAAGCAGCCUCGGGGUCUCUCGCGCCAGCAACUCCUCGACCCAGACUACCCGGCACCGGAGGGCGGCGACGCGGCGCCUGCCGCGCCUCCACUGCCUUUUCCCUCAACUCCGCUCGCGCCGGCGCAAGCGUCAGCUCCUCGAGCCGCGCCUGUUGAGCCUCUGCAUGUCUCCCCGUCCCAAACCCUCGCAUGUGGCCAGUCUGCAGGGGCGACUGUGGGCGCGAGCGACGAGCGGUUUCUCUCGGCGACGCCAGCGCCGCCUCCAGCGUCGAGUUUGUUUGGCUCUUCCUCGCAGCCGUCGGCCGGCAGGGUGGCAAGCAAGGCUCCGGGUGCGUCUCUCUUUUCCUCGUCUCUCUGUCCGUCUUCCCUGCCUUCCGCCUCUGCUCUCCCACCGCCUGUGAGUGCUUCUUCCCUUUCGCCUGCGUGCGUCUUUCCUGCGAAAACGGCGUCUGUUCCGGCGGAACCUGAGAAACACCGGCAAGGCAGCGAGAGCGCGGGAGGGCGCGUGCCUGGUUUGCAGCCAGCUGAGGGUCGGUCGUCCCUCUCGCGGUCGCCGACAGCCGACCAGGCUGAGCGCCUCUCUGCUUCGUCUUUGUUUCCCGAGUCGCGAGCGCUUCCCGCAGCACCGUUUCCGCAGCCCCCACGCGGCUCUGCAGACCCUGCGAGCGGAGCAGAGCCUGCGAGUCUCUGUGGGGGCGUGGAGCCGUGCGCGACACUCCGCAUUUCCCCCCCUGCCUCGCCUCUGCCGCUGACGCCUUCCCUCCUUUCGCCCCUCCCGCAGCCGGCGGCGAGCUCUGCGGAGACAGAGCCGGGAACGGCGGGGCGCGCAGAAGGGUCGGGGGAGCCGGGGACGGAUCUCGGAACGGGCGAGUUGCAUCCGGCGAGAGGCCGAGAGCGCUCGGCGCUGUCUGUGGAGGCGAACGCCGAACGCCGCAGCUCUUGUCCUCCGCCUUCACCCUUUUCCUCUCGCAUGGAGGGAGAAGAAUCGGGAGACGCAGAGACUGAGAAGGAGCGGGACGGAGACGAUCGCGGAAAGGCGCCGGAGCGAGAAGGCGAGGACGAGGCGGCGUCUGACACAGAGGGAUUGGACGAAGAACGGGGGACAGAGAGAGAAGGCCGAACUGAGGGAGAGCAGGCACGAAGACUGAAGGAGGUCGGUGUGCUGCGUAGCAAGGCUUUCGGCGGGCCUCGGAAGAGCCACGAAAGAGAAGAGAAACAAAGGGAAGCCGAGAGACGAAGACGGGAAGAGGAACAGAGACGGCAAGAGGCACAGAGACGGCAAGAGGCACAGAGGCGACAAGAAGAACAGAGGCAGAAAGAAGAAGAAAUCAAGCGCCUCUCAGGAGAGGACGGCGACUGGUGGCUGACACUCGUUGGAUUGAACGCGUGGCGAGAAGGACGCGAACGCGUAGACGCCCUACGCGCGGUCCUGACGCCCCGUGCUCUCGACCCUCAGCGACAGGAAGAAGGGAAAAGAGGGAGACUCUCCGUGGCAUCGCUGUCGGCGGCCGCGAGCCCCACGGGAAAAGCCGUUCGUGCAGGCAGCAGAGAGAGCAGGCGUCGGUCUCCUUCCUCAAGCAGGAAACAGAGCACGGAGGCGGACGACGAGACUGAGGCGGCCGACGAGGCGGAACUUCAAGAGUUAGAGAACGUCUUGUUCUUCGCUCGUGACCAUCCAGUGAAGAAGCAGAAGACGGAAGAGCCACUGGCGUGUGCGGGAUCGACCCGGCAACGGCCGGCGACUUCUCAGCAGAGCCAAACCUCGCUCGUUCUUCCCUGCGUUUGCUCGCCUGUCUCCCCCGAUGCGGCCUCUCCUCUUCGGCGACGUCCUUCCCUUUCCCGUUCUCAAGAGACGACAGCGGGUGCGGGCGGUCUGUCUCCUUUCUCGCGACACCAGCAGGCGCUUGUCGUUUGGCGCGAAGAACGGAGGCGAAAGAGGAAGGACGAGCUAGCAGGCUCGGGGGCGCGUCCGCAGACACAACCGACGCUCGGCGCCCUCGUUGCUACGGUCGUUCGCCGACGCGGCGCGCCUAGAGUGUCUCCGCCGUACGCGCCGGGGGACAGCCGCGACAGCGAGGGCCUGGAGAGCCGUCGGCCGCCGCCGAUCGGCGUGAAGCCCAGAUCAACGGAGGCGGCAGAUCGAAGCUACGGCGGAGGCGAAGAAGAGCUGGAAGGCGAAGAGAGAGGAACCGAUGCUUUGGGUGUUUUCGCGAAAUUCGUCUUCUUCACUUCUGCGUGGCUUCUCCUCGAUGGCCAGCCGCUGCCUCGCGAUCCGGUUUUCCAGCAUGUCUCGAACGGCGCAGCGGGAGGCAGUCAUGCGCGCCCGCCUUUGCUUCUGGAGUCCGGCCGAUCGGGGGGCGAUCGAUGGCUAGACCGAGACGAAGACACGAUUGAACUGCGGCCGGACAGUGCAGUCAGCCCCGACACACUCGCCUCGUCCAUGGUGGCGCUUGCCCUAUCCUUGGGUCCCGGCCGCCAGAGACAGGCGGAGUCAGGAACUCCGUCCUCUUCGUUCUCGCGAGACGGGCGUCUUUCGCUGUCUGGGCGAGUCGCGUUCGCGCUCUCUUCUCCCGCGGUGGUACAGCGACAGGGACAUCGAAAGGAAAAGGCCGCGCAGGAGCUUGUGGUACCCAGCACAGUCUUCCUCUGGCCUGCUAGUCAGGAGGGACAGCGAGAAGCAUGGAGCAUGUCUCCGUCGGUCUCUUCUGUGUCGCCUCCAGUGUACACGUGCUUGCAUGUCGUUGGCUGUCGCUGGGCAGUCGCCAGGAGCACGACGAGCGCGGCCGCGCCAGAGUUGCCUUUCUCGUCGUGUUCACCCGACCGGAGAAGGCUGCGGCGAGCCGGAGAGACGGACGCCUGCGCGGGGGUAUCCGACGCCUACCCGAGCCGCCAGCCUGAGGGAGAGCCGUUUUUUCUCAGGGAACAAGAAGCCGUGGCAGGCACGACAGGCGUGUUCUUGACGCUUCCCUUCUCGAUAGCGGUUACGGGCCCCCAGACUGUGUUUUGUGCGUUCCAAGGGCGAGAGCGUACAUCGAGGGCGUCUGCCUUCUCGUUCUUCUGUCCUCGCCGCGCGGUCCCAGAAGCGAACGCCGGAGAAGGCGACGGCCCGUCGUCUUCCGGCUCCUGGGCCCCGGUUUUCUGGGAAGAUUUGGAGCCGGUGUGUGUGUCUCGUGGCGACCGGGGAGAAGGCAGGUGCCGGGACGAAGCCGAGGAAAACGCGAGGGCAAAGCAGAUGUGGAGAGAGAUCUUGAGUCGUCUUGUUUCCUUCGUGCCGCGAUUUGGUACUGAUGACCAGUCCCUCUGUUCCGACCGGGCACCAGCCUCCCGGUCGCCCUCAGCGACGUACCAAGAAGACGCCAGCGAGGGCUCUCGGGGGGCGACCCGCAAGGAGGGCUCAGGAGCUCCUCACGAAAUCGCGACGCCGCCCGUGCGCCUCCUCUUCACUCUCGUCGUCCCUCUGCAUUGCGUGCGACGGUCCCGGGGCGGGCGAGAGCGAACGCGACCGGACUGUCAAGAGCCGGCAGAAGACGCGGCAGGAGGCGAGCCGCGCAUUGACGGCAGAGUCGAAGAGGAAGCUCAAGGCUUGGUGGCUGUGGCGCUUCGCCGGCGCUUGGCGGCGAUAGCCGCUGACCCAGAGGGCUGGACCGACGCGGACACUCGGGAACGGGCGAUGGCCCUUCUUGCCUCCCCCCUCGUUCAAUUCACGUGUGCAGGGUAUCUUCCUCUCUCCCGCGCGCUUCUCGCUUCUUCCCCUCUUGCCUCUUACCCUUCCGUCGCGUCUUCCUGCCAGUGCCGGCUCGCUUCUUGCUCCCGCCUCCUUCCAGCGUUCCGCUGGGUGCAUCGCGCGAUCAGAUCGAUGACCAGGCGAUCCCUCGAGUCGCGCAGGCUUCGUUUUCUUCCUCGUCCUUCGUCGCUUCCUCUCUCCGACGUGCUGCUCUCUCAGUGGAACCUUCAUCUCCGGUCGUUUCUCUCUUCGGCUCUUUCAGCGAGUCGGCACGGGGAAACUCGAGACACGAACGAAGGAUAUACAGAAGACGAGGAAGAACGCGCCGCGGUUUCCUUCAGCACGGGGUUGAGAGAGGAUGAGAGAAGAGGAUACCGAGAAGACGGAAACGCGGGCGUCGGUUUCGUACAGGCCCUCCGAGCUGCCUCUUCGUUGCACGCGUCGCUUCGCCGCGUCACCAAUACCAUAAAAGAUGUAGAAAACAUCAUUCGCCGUCAGACGGCUGAGUCGCAGUGGCGCCUGCCUCCGGCUGAGUGGUGGUUAGCGAACGAAGCGUCGAGGGAGUCCCCUGGAGACGAGAUAGACUCCGAACAGGCGCGCGCUGGCAGGGGCGCGCGUGGACGAGACGGCAGGAAGGGUGCAAAUGCGAGAAGCUGUCAACGAGAGGAUCCUCGUCCAGUCGAGAGGAGGGAGAGCGAGUGUUUGGCAGCAAGAAAGGCAGAGAGGAGACUUGUGGACCCGGUGACAGGGCGUCCUCUUCUUGACCACGAGAAGGACUUGCUGGUCCAGCACGAACUGUGUUUCCUCGCUCUCGUCGGAGACGUCGACAAGGUGCGUGACGAAGCGGAAAGGAACGGCGGGAGGGAUAAUGCUACAGCGCUCUACCGGUCAGAGGAUGGGCUCGACGCUGGUUUGCAAGCGCGCUACACCCGAGAAAACGCGCUCCAGAUCCUACGAGUGUUCCGUCGCAAAGUGAAAGAGAAAGGCAAGCAGGUCAAGCGUCUUCUGUCAAGCACAGCCAAGCCCGGUGACGGAUUCUCGCCCGACCGCGACGACGCCUUUGUUACGUGGGGACAGAUAGCCAAGUCAGGGCGAACCGUACGAGAGAUCUGUGACGCUCUGCGGCUUCAGGCGGCGUCCCUUUUCCACUUGCCCGAAUAUAAGCCGAGAUGCCCAACAGGGCAGAGACGGGGCCUUGCCUCGGUCGCGCAUCUCCUCGUGCCUAGCCCGAUGGAGAGUCUUCUGCUCCCAGCGGCUGCAGAGCCGUGGGAGGGCCUUCCAGUCCCUCUGCAUGUCGUGGAUCCGGACGAGUGGCUGCCAGUCCUCGGGUCGGAGCGUGAUGAAGAAGCUGAGCAAGAAGCUAAACGAGACAGGAAAGAAAGCCAAACAUCUAAUUCAGAUCGCAAGGAAGGGGCAGUUUGCGCUUUCCGCGAAAAGGAAGGGAAGGCAGGUCGCCUCUCGACCUCGGGUAUGCUGGCGGCACCAACCGGUAGGCAGGAGACAAGCGCGGUUGUCUCUCUGUCUGCUGGUACGGGUGACUUUUUGCUGGAGCAGGAUCCUCGAUCAGGAGGGCGAGCGCAAGCGUUGCAAGAAAUGACAGAUGGGAAACGCGGGGAUCCAACAGGGUGGCGAAGAGAGAGAGACGAAGAAGGCUGCAAACGAAGCGCCACGUUACUCACAUCUCUCAUUGAGUCCGCCAAACGCUGUCGACUGGACCUGGAAGUCGAGAAGCAGGAGACAGACGAGGUCAUCAGAUACAUUGUCGGGUCUAAGGCAUAG